UUUCUUUUAAUAAAGAUUUUUAAUAAUAAUGGAGGAUAUAUAUUGUCUCUUACCUCUUUUGGUGGAGUUAACUGAUAGUUCAAUGGAAGAUUUGCAAUUUUUGAAGGUUGAAACAGAUCUGCCUAAUGUGCUACCUCCUCUUAAGAGACGGAAAUUAGAAGCAGCUUUAGCAUGUUCAAAAUCUAAUUCUGUUCAAUCACAAAGUGAAAGCCUCAUUGAAACAUCUGUGGUAACUUCUGUUGCAUGUACCAAAUCAAGUGGUUCAAAAAAGAUGGUUGUGUCAAUACUGGAUGCAAUUGAAAAUCACCCUUUAAAAAAUAAUAUUAUUAUUGAGGCACAAAAGACUGUAAUAAAUGAUCGCUUGUAUCGUCUCCUUGUUAAAGUAACUUGCUUUUACUUAAUUGACUGCUUUGGAAACUAUCUUCCACCAGAGCAUCAAUUAGCCUUGGUAAAAAGUAUUGUUUUAACUUUUAAGUUCAGGGCAUGCCGAAGCGGAAAUGGAUAUGAAUUAUACUACUGUCCAGGAACAUCAAAGGGUUUUCUGACUAAUUCAGAGAAAUUUAUCGUUGUUAUCCAGCAGAUAUAAAAAAAUAUAGCUGUCGCAGUAAAAGAAGAAUAUUCCAGUUUUAUUAAAAACAACAUUUUCGAAACAAAUAGUUGCAUACUGCAAGCUGACUGGCAAAUGCAUAGACAUUAUUGGCGAAACAGAUACUGAAGGAAAUAGCAAUACGGAUGCAUUGGUACUAAAAUCUUUAAAGGCUCUUUAUCUCUUGCCAACAAUGGGAAAAUAUCGUGUUUCAACAAGUGCAGCAAUGGUUUUCUUAAUUGAAGAACUAAAGGAUGGCGAGGCUCUUGAAAGGUUUUUUGAUAACUCAAAUCCAAAACAGCAGCCUUUCAUUUUGUCAUGUGGAUUGUCUUUUUUCGUUGUGUGUGAUAGAAAAGCAAUUAUACGCUCUAAGAAAAAAUCCGUUAUAUACAACGAAUUGUAUCUGUCGCUAUUGCACUAACGGGAAAUCCGUUAAGUUAACGAAUUAAAAUUUUAACGAAUUGAACUCCGUUAGGAAUAGUCCGUUGAAUUUACCGUUAGUGCAACGAAUAAUCCGUUAAAAUUAAGGAGUUAUUACACUAGGCAGCAAAUUCUCCGCCGUUGUUAAUCCUAUGAAAUAAAUGUGUUAAUAAGUUA